UACAUCUAUCUAUUAUCUCUAACAUAUAUAUUAUGGAUAUGUGUGUGUUGCCGUGCGUGUAUAUAUAGGGUAAAUAUGAGUAUUAUACAAAAACACGCCCAGCCAGCUGACAGCACAGUGACUGGAGCCACUCCAUGCCCGAGUAUGCGUGAUGUGGCAAAUAUUAUGGAACAUCUCCGAUGCCUGCCAGUGAUGCUAGAUUGUUGUUCCGGAUACAGACUGAUUUUUAGAUGAAGAAAGGCAGGACAAGCUUUGUUCCAGUGUGAAGUUAUAUGCAAUGGAAAUCGAUGGUAAUGGGAGGGAUUAUCCUAGAGAGGAUCCGGACCAGUAUUCCCCCGUAACGAAGCCGGGGGGUAUAGAGGAGGAAGGCAGCACUGAUCACCUAACACAGCUGCUGGAAGCCCACACGGGAAGCCGCCCGCCGUCCGAGGGGAGUCUCGGGGAGGAAGAUGUGGAGGAAGAACUGGUACCAGAUGGGGGAUGGGGAUGGUGGUGUGUGGUCGGUUGUACCUUAUCACAUUUUGUCACGAGUGGCCUGGAGAGGUCUGGUGGCGUCAUUCUCCUCGAACUCCAGGAGAAGUUCAACUCCGGUGCGGCAGCUACUGCUUGGGUGAUCUCCCUUAGUUCUACACUUCGUCUCUUGUUUGGCCCAAUAUCUAGUAUGCUGAGUAAUAAAUACAGCUGUCGAUCCGUAGUGGUAAUGGGAGGCCUUCUAGUCUCUAUCGGAGUGUUUGUGAGUGGAUUCGGGCCCAGCAUCGUCUUUUUGUACUUCACAUAUGGACUGUUUUGUGGAUUGGGUAAAUCUUUGGCCUACACUCCCGGGCUGGUGAUCGUGGGCCAAUAUUUCAAAAGGAAACGUGGGUUGGCAGUUGGCCUUGCGACAGCUGGGGGAGGAGUUGGAACUCUUUUUAUACCCCCAAUCAUAAACCGUCUGUUCAAAGAAUUGAGGUUUACGGGCGCCAUGAUGAUUCUGUCCGGACUGUCUCUACAACUGUGUAUAGCAGGGUCCUUGUACAUGCCACUCAACAAAUACCGUGCUCUGUUUCAACGCAGGACUACCGACUUAAAUUCCACGAAGCGAACAAGUAUUCAACACGACAAAGAACUGCACUCAAACCUAUCUGUAGGAAAUGCUGCCCCGAAAGUAAAGUUUUCGGUGUUAGGGAUGUUGAAAUGUACACUGUGUUCACAUAAAAACACUGUUAAACACCCACGUGAACAUACUAAGAAAAAACUUAUAGACUGUAGCCUAAUGAGGAAUCCAUCUUUCAGCUCGUUGUGUGUUGCAAUUUUGUUUUUGGCACUGGCAUUUAAUUCAGUGCUUGUGUUUAUCCCAUCUUUGGCGUAUUCCAUCGGUUUGACGCGCCUACAGGGGGCAUACGUUCUCUCAAUAGCAGGGAUAUUCGACACGAUCGGUCGUCUGGCGUCCGGUGUCGUCCUGGACGUGGAGCGGGUGAAGAGAUUCCGGAUGUUGGUCUAUAAUAGUGCUCUCUUCCUGCUGUCCACACUUACAUUCGCGCUGGCUUAUAUUGAGACUUUUGUACAGUUGGCGGUUAUAGCAGCAUUAUAUGGACUCCUAAUUGGUACUUACACCUCUCAGAAAUCUGUGAUACUUGCCGAUAUUUUAGGAUCUGGUGCUUUGUCGAGCUCGUUUGGGAUCCUGAUAUGCUUCCAAGGUGUUGGUACUCUUCUUGGUCCCCCAAUUACAGGUUGGCUGAAGGACAAUCUGCACUCGUUUGCCGUAGGGUUUUAUGUUGCAGCUGCUAUCAACUUCUUCGGUGCUCUGAUUCUCCUUAUUGGCAAUAUGUAUCAGUAUAUCAAAACAAGAAGAAGGACGAACACAGACGAUUUGGAAAUGGACGAAGUUUAACACGAGUUAUUUGAAUUUUAGGAUAACGACUCGGUGGUUUCGGGUACACAUCUGCUCUUUAACAAGUAUAAUUGCUCUAUGGAUUUCUGCCUAAUUUAUUUAACCACAUUAGCUAAGUCAAGGAACUUUUGGGUCGUCUUAACAUGGAUGAUUCAAACUUCGUGUUUGUGUUGUGGCUGUUUUCACUUCACACUCUGCUUACAAUCAUCGUAUGACGGACAUGGGUCUUCUCAGACCAGAAAUAUAGGUUUGAAUAAUGUGCAAUAAAGACUAUGUGACGGGGUUUUGAAGUUUUCAUUAUUCAAAGUGUUUAUCAAAAUUGUACAAAACCUGGACCACAGUGCCAUAUUACUAUCACGAGGCUUUAGACACGCCUGGGUUGCGUGUAAACCACAUAACAUAUUAUGAGUCAAAGGGGAAGUGCACAACUCGGGUACAUCAAAGUCUCGUGAUGUUGAUGUGGUCCUGUGGUUGCUUGCAGCUGAGGUGUACGGAUAAACCGUCGCUUCCUUAAAGGGGUCGUGGAAUAGGUUGAAAUAUUAAAAAAAUGAAAAUUGUGAAUAAUUUCCUCAAGUUGUAUGUUUUUUUUAUGUAGAGUUAGUUUUAUUAUGAAACUGUCUAUUACGUCAUCAUUUUGAGUCGCUUUGGUUUACUUGUUGGAACAGUUCACAUCCGUUGUGUUAUCUUGCCGUAUCCAGAACCUACGCAUAACCUUUCACACAAUUAAGCUUUUAUAGGAAUAUUCUUUUUUAUUAUUAUUAUUUUUUCAAGUCACAAUUGUAUGAAAAUGUUUGAAAACUAUUUCUGUAAGUAAGUAUACAUGUAAAAGGUAUGUAUGUCUUCUGAUUAUGGCUGAAGUAUGAAUGCAAGGUGAUACAUUUUUGACACAAUGGGUAUGUAAGAUAUACAUUAUACAUGUACAUUCACUAUUCUCCUAUAGAUCUAUAUAUACGUUUUAUUAAUAACCCAAUACUGUUCAGAGGAUGCAUGGUCUCAUACCAAGAACAUACAUUAUUGUUUUAAUCAGUACUAGUGGUGGUUUGUGUUGUAUGUGUGACAUUUGGCUACUACAUGUGUGUAUGUACAGUACAUGUAAGCUGUAUGUGUGGUUAGUAUCAUAUGUGUGGUAUAUUCAAUACCAGUGUGCACUUGGGUUGUCUGUUGGUAUGUGUGUGGUGAAAAAUUAAUUAUCUGCUUUGUGUGUGAAGAACAUAAAGUCAACAAAUUUGCUGUAGUUUGAAGAUUUAUGAUGUACAAUGUAUUGUUGUGUUUGUGAUGAUAAAACUGAAAAAAAAUAAUAAAAUAUAAAAAAAUAUUUUUUUUAAAUUUCAUGCUAAUAUGAAAGAAAAAAAAUUGCAAACUUACCGUGAAUGCGCUACGCAUUCAUUCAGUUUGCAAAUUAGGUUUCUUUCAUACUAGCAUGAAACUAAACUUAUUCCUCUCAAAGCUUAUGAUAUAUUUAUAAGGUUACAAAGAACAAAAAUGUAUACAUUUGAUAAUUUAAUGAUGGAUUAUUUUAUAACAAAUCACAACGCGACAUUAUUCGCAGCAAAUUUACGCCUUUUUCAGCCUUCGAAAUUCAUUAAUGAACGAACCAGUCGCAUUCCAAACCAGUUUCUCCCAGAGUGCAUUGCGAUUCCCUAAUGACACCUCUGUAAACGGCUCAUGCUAUUUUAAUAUUCUUUUAAAAAGACAUAUUUGUAUCAAAUAAUAAAGUAUUUAAUCAUUUUUCUGUUUUGUUAUUUUGAAAAUAUAUAUUUAUUCAUCUGGAAUAUAACUACAUUGGUUUAUAUGAUUAUAAACAGUAUUGCUCAUAUCACGGCAGAUUUAAGUAAUCAGUCAGCAACUGUCGUGUUUACAAUCUGUACUACCACCUUUCAGUUGCCGACGUGGUCUUAAGAUACAUGUUCAUAUAAUAUGAUAUCGGUGAAAAGUGAUGGUAAUUUUGCGAGGAUAUUUCAACACAUUACCUUUCAAAAAGAUGUUUUUUACACUGAUCAAUGGUAGACAAAACGAUAUACGGUUGUAUCCUUCGUUGGAUUUGUCAGGGAUAUGGCCGUAGUUUUACUCGACGUCAAACUUUGAUCCUAUCCGUGACGUCAACUACUGAACUACUGGUUAGUCCGUGAGCCGCUUACAGAGGUGUAGUGUGACUUUUAAGGAGCGACAACUCUGGUAAAGAUUUAUUUCAAAUGGCAACGUGUAAAAUAAAAAUAGUAUAUUUUCCCCCUGAUAAAUCCGUGAUUUAUUCUUUGUUAAUUGUUUGUGUACAUUGUCACAUAUCUGUAUAUCUUAUGGUGUAUGUAGUCAGUUUUUUUGUUAACAUCAUUGAAUGACAGCGAUCCACACACCAGGUGAAUGUAAACAGAUAUACCAUAAAUGAUAAAGAAUAGCGCCAACAGAUCCGCCGCAAGGUGGCGUGUUGCCAUAAACUCCUUCAACCAUUAUGAAGUAGGCAGAGCUAGAUGUUUUAGGGGUUUUCUUCGUGUACAAACAACGAAACAAUAAUCAUGUUCAGAAAAAAAUGAAUUAUGAAGUCGAUAUAUGUAGUAUAAUGCAUUGAACCCAAUAAACAGUUUUGGGACUCAACUGGGAACCCAGUAUAAACCCUACGAUUAUGUUUCAACCAUCUACAACCCUAUAUCCGUCGUAGAUACCCAGUAUUUAUCAUAUAUUGGAUCACAUGGUCACUAUCAACUCGGGGAUCCUGUACCAGUUGGUGAGAUCAGUGUCCUAUAGACAUAAUGUAGUCUAACGACUUAAUAACGACUGCUCAUGUGUAUACAGAUUCU